CGCAAGUCGUCACUCGUUUUGUAGCGCUUAUAAGAUACUGAUGUACCGCUUGUUAGUUGUUAGCGGUCAACAACAAGUGUUGAGUGUAUAAAAUCAAUCUAUUGACAAAGAAAUAAAACUUUUAAAACCAUGGGUGAAUAUGCUUGGGUUACAUUAGCUACCAAUGAUGCUUAUUCUUUGGGAGCUUUAGUUUUGGCACAUUCUUUACGUCGAGUUGGUACGAAAUAUGAAUUAGCUGUUUUGAUUACUCCUGGAGUAACGCAGAUAAUGAGGGAAAAACUUUCAGGAAUCUUUUCUGUAGUAAUGGAAGUAAAUGUACUUGAUUCAAAAGAUGAAGCUAAUUUGGCACUUUUAGCUAGACCAGAAUUAGGUAUUACAUUCACCAAACUUCAUUGCUGGAGAUUGACUCAAUAUGAAAAGUGUGUAUUUCUUGAUGCAGAUACACUUGUUGUCAGAAAUUGUGAUGAACUAUUUGAGAGAGAAGAAUUAUCUGCUGCGCCUGAUGUGGGUUGGCCUGAUUGUUUCAAUUCUGGUGUAUUUGUAUAUAGACCAUCUCAACAAACUUUCACUUCUAUUACUGCAUUUGCUGCUGCUAAAGGUUCAUUUGAUGGUGGUGACCAAGGAUUAUUGAAUAUGUAUUUUAGUGAUUGGGCUAGAAAAGAUAUUUCUAAACAUUUACCAUUUAUUUAUAAUAUGUGUUCUACUGCUACAUACUCUUAUCUACCUGCAUUCAAGCAGUUUGGAGAUGAUGUUAGAAUAAUUCAUUUUAUUGGUAUUACAAAACCAUGGUUACAGUAUUUCGACACAUUAACUGGUGUUGUUCAACCACCAAUGGGUUCUACACACUUGCAACCAUUAUUACAAUUAUGGUGGAACAUAUUUUGUGAAAAAGUCCAUUCUCAAUUAUCACCUGUAAUGGCUACCAGCACAUUGGCACCAAUUUGGCACGAAUUUUCUCCUAUGUUUUUUGAAUCCUAUGUUCCAAAAAGUCCCAUUUGUACAGACAUACAAGACAAAACGCAAAAUGACAUAUAUCUGGAACCACCAGAUUUCUCAGAGUUUCAAGAUCCAUGGGAAAAUUAUUAUGUACAAAAUAAUUCAAUUAUUUAUAAAGCAGAAAAUAAUGAAAAACAACAGUAUUAUUCUGUAAACAGCAAUUCUUCACCUGUAUCUGUAUUAAAUAAUCAAUUUAAUUACUUAAAGCCUAUUCAACAGACUCAUGAAUCAUCUCCAAAAUAUAAUAGGGAAUUACAACAUAAUCAACAAUAUAAUGAACAUAUUUUUUCUUUACAUACUCAAUAUCAUCAAAAUCAAGAACAAUCUAAUCAAUUUAUCAAUAAAAUUGAAAAACGACAUUCAUUUUCUAAUUCUGAUGAUACAACUAUUUUAAAGAUACAGCCAAAUUAUUUUCAACUUGAACACAAUAUAAAAAAAUAUAUACCUGUACAUAAUCAUAUACAAAAUCAUCAUUCUAGUGAAUAUCAACAUAAAUCUAUCAACUAUCAAUAUAAUUCUCAAAAUACUUGCAAUAAUAAUAAUAAUAAUAAUAAUAAUAAUAAUAAUAAUAAUAAUAAUAAUAAUAAUAUAUUACCAAAAGAAACAAAACAACAAGAUAUUAAUUAUGAACAUACUUAUCAACAUUCUUCUAAUAAUAAUAAUAAAUCAUUGUCAGAAGAAGUAAAACAUCCACAUAAACUUUAUAGUGAUCAUCAUGAUGAUCAUUACUAUCAAAUGCUCGAUAAUAUAAAUAAUAAACAACAUUUUCAACAUCAUGAACAAAAAAAUCAAACUUAUGAUUCUUUAAAUGUCAAUAUUAUUCAUGAUCAACAUUAUAUUAUGCUAAAUAAUAUAACUUAUCAGAAUAAUAUUUUAAUUAAACAAAAUAUUGAACAAAAUGAAAAUAUGAACAUUACAGACAAACAAACAUGUACAUUAAUAUCUACUAGUCCUCAUCCUGAUUCCAAACCUUGUAUAGAUUUCCACAAUGUAGCAACGCAAUCUGAUCCACAUAUAAUGGAUGAUCUAAAUAAUUCAAAUGCUGGUCUUGCUGGUGCCUUGGCUCAAAUGACAUUAGGUGAACCGAGAAGCUCUGAACAAAUUGCAUUAGAAGAACAUAUGCGAAAACAAAGUUGGGAACAAGGCCAAAUAGAUUAUAUGGGUCGAGAUAGUUUUGAUAACAUUUGGAAAAAAAUUUGUGAAACUCUUGCUCUUGCACCUCCACGAUUACCAUCUCCUCCUAAAGAAAUACGAAAAUCUGUUAAAACUACAAUUGAUGAAACUGAUGAAUUUAUUAAAUCUGCUGAAACUACUCAAUUUAUUAAGUCUACAGAUGAAAUGGAUAAAAGAACCGCUCAAACAAGCAGUCAUACUGAAGAACAAUCUCUAGUUAAUAAUGUUCCUACCACAAAUGUACCUAAAUUAUUGGAAGAUCAAAAGAAUGAAGAUGAUAUUUCGAGAGAAUCACAAAAUGAUACAUUUAUAGUUUCUCCUGCAACAAAUCUUUCUCUACAAACAUCUCAUGAAGAAAUAACAAAACAUAAUACAAUUGAAUUAUUAAAUAAAAUUUCACAACAGAUUAAUAUACCUAUAGUAUCUGAUUUAAAUCAAUCUUGUUCAAUUGGAGAACAGAAAAUAAUAAUUUCAACAAAAGAACUAGAAAACAAAUUACAGAAUAAAGAUUUUAAAAUUACUAUAGAUAUUCAUCAAAUGAAUCAACUAGAUAUUAAAGAUGAAAAAUAUGCAAAAGAAUUAUUAACUGCAUCUGAAAUUUUAACAGUUAGUCCUGUUCCAAUUCAAGUUGCAGAAUCUGUGUUAGAUUCUCAAAUAAUAUCGCAAGAAGAUCUUUCUUCUACAAUAACAUCAGUUCAUUUAACAGAAACAGAAAAUAAAAUGCAUAUUAAUGAUUCAAAACUUUCAAUAGAAAAUAAAGAGAAAUUAAAUUUAGAUAAUACCACAAAUAUAAAAAGUAUUGAUGCUAUCAAUAAAUUAAAUAAAUUGUCAAUAAAAUCAAAAGAAACUUCACAAAUCUCAUUGAUAGUAGAACAAAUUCAACCUCAAUUUGUAGAAAUUGAACCUACAUUAUCUUCAAAUAGUUUUGAAAUACCAGAGAAAUUAUUGCAAAAACAAACAGAACAACAAAAAAAAAAUGAAUAUUGUAUAAAAGAAACAAUAAAAUUAAAUGAAAUAGGAUCAGAAUAUGAAACAAAUAAAAUAUUAAACAAAUCUCCAGUUAGACCUUUAAGAAUAAAAGAAUUAAAUUCUUCAUCUUCAACAAAUAUUAAAGAAACUGGUCAAUUUGAUUCAAUAAGUCAAAAAAAAUUAAUAAAAAAAAUAGUAAAAAAAUCUACAGAAAAAUCAGUAGGAGAACUUGUAGAAACAAAUGAUGGUGAUACUAAAAAAAAAGUAACAAAAAAGAUAGUAAAAAAGAAUACAAAGAAAAAAUUAAAAUCAGAAGAAGGACUAGAUGAUAAUACAAUAGACAACAAUUCUUUUAAUAAACAAAAAAAGACUUUAAAAGUUGUUAAAAAAGGUAUAAAAUCGUCACAAAGAACUUCUACUGAUACUACUAUUUCUGAAAUUCCAACAUCUAGUACUUCUGAUUUAGUUCCAGUUCCACCUAAAAGAAAAGUGAAAACUAUAGCUGCAAAAUCGGUUAUUAAAAAAUCAGAUAUAGAAUAGAAUUAAAUCAUAAAAAUUGACAAUAAUUAUUUAAAUAUUUUACAUAAAAGUUUAAAAAUUCUAGAAGCUAUAAAAAGAAUAAAAGGUGAUACUCACUAGUCUUUUCUUAUAAUUUUUUAUACUUUUAAUAUAUGUUAAAUAGUAUCACCUACAGAUUUGAUAUUUGUUUGAAUUUUGAAAUUUUG